CUGUCCUGCCCCCCUCGCCUAGCCCUGUGCUGCCUCCCAGGUUGCGGCUGCUUUAAGGCGACUGUGCCAGGCUCCUGUGGUCUUCCUGCCAUGCAGCAAAGCGCUCUUCCAUGCCCAGGAUAGGGAUGUAAGCGCCUAGUCAACUACCUGACAAGCAAAUGCUUAUUAUGUAGUCGAGCAGUGACUCGACAACUCACCCCCAUCAUUCUCCCCCCCACCUCCCAGCCUCUAUCAGAGAGAGUCAGCAAGGGAGGGAGCCGGAGCCGUCUUAAAAGCAGGUUCUCCCCAGGACCAUCUCCGUGGGGGGAGGCGGAGGCGCAGCAGGGAAAUGACGUGAGCAGGGACUGAAGCAGGCCUGACUGCUGUGCCUCUUCCUUUGAAAUGUACAAGAGCUGCCUGUGGGUCCUGUCCAUUUGAGAGGCAGAGGUGCUGGGGGAUCGUGAGUGCCCCCCCAUCAGCUAAUCAAGUAUCAACUUGAUUAGUUCAUUAAUCGAAGUUUAGCAUCCCUAGUUCGGGAAGAGACCCCGCCCUGCCCGGCGCUGGCUGGCUGAGAGGUAGGGCAGGACACAACUGCUCCCAACAGCUGCGGUGUGUCCCAGCCCCAGUGUGUGAUGUGAAACAGGUCAGUGUGUUCCCAAUGCAGUGGCACCCCUUGGAGGCAGUCCCUACGUCCGCCUGUGAAGCUAACGACGUUUUUUUGAGUGAAUGUGACUUAAAUGAUUCUGGAGAGUUGUAGGAUUCCGGUGCAGUUCUACCGGCUUUGCCACAAUUAGCAAAGCAAACAUGGUCCGUUUUGCAUAACACUGCACGCCAGCAUCCACAGAAUCUCAGCACAGACGGGUCUUCCAAAGCCAAGCGGAGACCGUUGUAGUGGGAUGUUCUGCACUGAUAUUCGGUGACCGUGCAUGGAAAAGCCUGAAGGGACAGCCUUGAUUUCUAGAGCAGAACUGGACGUCAUGCUGGGCUCCGGGUUCAAGGCCGAGCGCUUGCGAGUCAACCUGCGCCUGGUUAUCAAUCGCCUCAAAUUGCUGGAGAAAAAGAAAACCGAGCUGGCCCAGAAGGCCCGGAAGGAGAUCGCAGAUUACCUGGCAGCAGGCAAGGAUGAGCGGGCGCGGAUCCGCGUGGAGCACAUCAUCCGAGAAGACUACCUGGUGGAGGCCAUGGAGAUCCUGGAGCUCUACUGCGACCUGCUCUUGGCCCGUUUCGGCUUGAUUCAGUCCAUGAAGGACCUGGACUCCGGCCUGGCGGAAGCCGUCUCAACGCUCAUCUGGGCUGCCCCCCGCCUGCAGGCUGAGGUGGCAGAGCUGAAAAUUGUCGCGGACCAGCUGUGCGCCAAGUACAGCAAGGAGUAUGGCAAGCUGUGCAGGACCAACCAGAUCGGGACCGUCAAUGACAGGCUGAUGCACAAGCUGAGCGUGGAGGCGCCUCCCAAAAUCCUGGUGGAGAGGUACCUGAUUGAGAUUGCGAAGAACUACAACGUGCCCUACGAGCCUGACUCGGUGGUGAUGGUGAGUGGGGCGGAGCUGGCGCCUGGGGUGGAGGCGGAUCUGAUUGACGUCGGGUUCGCAGACGAGAUGAAGAGAGGUGGCCGUGGAGGAGGGGGCGGUGGGUUCACAGCCCCGCUGGUUGGGCCUGAUGGCUUAGUGCCCAUGCCUAUGCCCAUGCCCUCGCCCUACCCGCCUGUAAAUGGACCGGAGAUCUUCAGUGGAGUCCCGGUGGGGACGUACCAGCCUUUUACCAACAUCCAUCCGCCGCCCAUCCCGGCAGCUCCGCCCACCUACGAGUCUGUGGACGACCUCAGUGCUGACAAGGCUGUGCCUUCUGCACAGGUGGCUGGUCCUGGGCCCAAGCCAGAAGCCUCUGCAAAGCCGGGGACUGGUGCUCCGGAUACCUACGAUAACUUUGUGCUGCCCGAAUUGCCAUCUGUGCCAGACACACUGCCCACGGCCGGGGCCGGCGCCAACUCCUCUGCAUCGGAAGACAUUGAUUUCGACGACCUCUCUCGGAGAUUUGAGGAGCUGAAGAAGAAGACCUAAGACUGACUUGGCUACGCCAGCGUGUGCCCGGGCAGCCGGGACUGAGCUGCUUCCCUGUGAAACACCCCCUGGAAAUGCGUUUCCUGCGCUAACCCCUUUCUCUGGCCUCUCUCCCUGCUGUGCUUGGCCAAAUGUUGCUGUCGGCUGCCCCAGGAGAGCACCUGAGGGCGGCCCUGUAGGACUGGAGCAGGGAACUGCUCUGCAAGAAAGCCUGGUUACCCCUGGUUCUCCGGGGGCGGGGCGAGGCCCAGUGACGGGUAGCUAGCAUGUCCCAGGGGUGCAGGCCCAGGGGGAGUGUUGCCACAGAAAGCCCUUCCCAAAGGGUCGAGAGUGGCUGUGGUGGGGGUAGAAUAGGUGCUUCCUUGAGGCUUGCCGAGGCUGCUGGCUCCGCGGUGGGGCCACUUGCAGAGUCGAUCUAGGAAGCCGAUGGCCUUGUGGAGUUCCACGGGAUUCUCAGGGAGCCCUCUGUGGCCUUCACUGCACUGUGGGGGGGUGUUUCCUUUUUGCACCAGCACGCUCAGCCUGGCUCGGGAGUGCACACUGGCAGAGCAGCGCAGGAGUCGCAAGGGUGCGUGUGGCCAGGUCAGUGGGCGGAGCCGCACCAUGGUUGGUCUGCGGUCGCCAGGCAGGGCGGUGCCCGCUGCUGCGUGAAACCCUUCUGUCCAGACACAUUACAAACAGCUUUUCCUUCACGGCUUUGCGUUGCUUUGUGGAUUAGGCCGUCUGUCUGCCAGGCUGUGGCCCGGGGGGAGCAGUGGCUGGGCAGCCCUGGGAAGGGCUCGGCCCUCUCCAGACAGGUGACUGAUAGCAGGCACCCUGGCCCCUGCCGUCCCCCUGGCAAGUGCAGGGCAGCUCUGCCAGGCUCAGCAAACCAACGUCUUGGCCUCCUCAUGUAAGAGCCGCCCGUAUCCCCUGCUUAUCCUGGCAGCCCUCUGCCCCCCUUCAAGGCCUCUCCCUUGGCCCGCGUGCCCAGAGCUCGGGCCCCUCGCUACAGGAAGUGCCUUACGUGACGCAUUGCGACGUUUCUAGCAGCUGCCUUGGAGCUACCCCCUGGGAGCCCCCUGCUUGCUGUGAGGGUGUGGGAAGGAAAAGGGGAGGUGCUGAUGUCAGGGUGUCCCUCCCACCCCCAUUUCUGUACGCUAGCUCCACACAGAGAAGGUGACGGAGGGAGCUUAGCAAUUGUUUGUCACACACAGCAUCUGCCAUUCUCACCAACAGGCACACUGUCCUCCUCUCUCAUCUCCGACUCCACAUACACAGGCGGCUGGUGUUCCAUCUUGUACUGCUUGGGGGGUUUGACUGGUCUGUGCAUUUAAGCAUUUUCAGUUCUCUCUUA